AUGCAACAUGACAAUAGGGUCAAGCAGCCUCCCCGUCAUUAUAUAUUGCGUCACAUCAUAGCGACACACUCCGAUGCAAGAGACAGGGUCGAUUUAAACAGUAAAAACAAACAGUUUGGGACCAAUAUCAUGGAGGCCACAGGGUUCUGUGGAAUGGAGGUGGCAACUCGGGGGCUAGUGGGGGGAUCUGGCAGCAGCUCCCCUCCAGAGCUGGACAGCCCAGGUAGCCAGGAGCACCUGGGGCUGUUUGAGCUGGUCAGUAGUUGCUGCAGUGAGGAGGUGAGAGGGGAGACUCCAGGGAGAGAGGACUGCCCGCUGGACCCCAACAAUGCUGAGCUGGACCCAGACGGUGGUGGUGGCAAGAUCAAGGACCAAAAGGGAUUGGGAAAAGAGGUUCUCCUACUGAUGCAAGCCCUGACCACACUAGCGUCCCCAGAGGAGAAGCUGGCCGCUUUGUGCAAGAAGUAUGCUGAUUCGCUGGAGGAGAGCCGCAGUAUACAGAAGCAGGUGAAGGUGCUGCAGAAGAAGCAGUCCCAGAUGGUCAAAGAGAAGAUCCACCUGCAGAGUGAACACAGCAAGGCCAUCCUUGCACGCAGCAAGCUGGAGAGCCUCUGUAGGGAACUGCAGAGACACAACAAAACCCUCAAGGAUGACAACACGCAACGGUCCAGAGAGUAUGAGGAGCGUCGUAAGGAGGCCACCCUUCACUUCCAGAUGACGCUGAACCAGAUCGAGGUGCAGAUGGAACAGCACAACUCUCACAACUCCAAGCUGCGCCAGGAGAACAUGGAGCUGGCACAGAAACUCAAGAAACUCAUCAAACAGUACGAGCUCAGGGAGGAGCACAUUGACAAGGUGUUCAAGCACAAGGAGAAGCAGCAGCAGUUGGUGGAUGCCAAGCUCCAGAGGACAGCUGAGCUGAUGAGAGAGUUGGAGGGGAAGCAGCAGAGAGAGAGAGACUUUCUCCUGAAAGACGCCACCGAGUGGAGACAUGAGUGUGAGCUGUUGAAGGAACAGGAGACUCAGCUCAAACAGCAGCUCUCUUUGUACAUGGACAAGUUUGAGGAGUUUCAGACCACUCUGGCGAAAAGCAACGAGGUGUUCACUACCUUCAGACAGGAGAUGGAGAAGAUGACUAAGAAGAUCAAGAAGCUGGAGAAGGAGACGACUCUGUGGAGAACGAAGUGGGAGACCAACAACCAGGCUCUGCUACAGAUGGCUGAGGAGAAGACACUGCGGGACAACCAUUACAAGGGCCUGCAUGGGAAGCUGGAGUGCCUGGAGAAACUGUGCCGGGCUUUGCAGAAGGAGAGGGACGACCUCACCACCAAACUGGGAGACCUACAGUCAACAACCGAGGAGGAGGAGGGGACGGGACCUCCAGACCCCCAGCCCAGCCAGGAGUCUACCCAGGAUGAGAUGUCUCCGCCUGGGAGAGGGGAAGAGACGCAGCCCCCUACUACCCCUGAACUGGAGCUAGAGUCCUCCACCACAGAGCAACUUGACAACUGAGCCACUAACCCCCGCUGCCUUUUUGGGGGUAUAUUUGAAUACAGUAUAUCUUUUUUUGUGUGUUUAAAGUUAUAAUUAAGAUUAAAAUGACUGCAUUAUUAACAAUGAAUAUAAUACUUUUUGCCCUGACUGUACAUUGUAAAAAUGGGCUUUGUGGUGAGCACUAGGCUCCCCAUUUUUCUACCACAUUUGUAUUUUCUUAGAUUGUCUUCAUGCUGUUGGUCAGUCACAGGGCUGUUGUUCAGUCACAGGGCUGUUGUUCAGCAGCUUUCUCGUGGUCAGUCACAGGACUCUUGUUCAGCAGCUUUCUCGUGGUCAGUCAGAGCUGUUGUUCAGCAACUUUCUCGUGGUCAGUCACAGGGCUGUUCAGUCACAGGGCUGUUGUUCAGCAGCUUUCUCGUGGUCAGUCACAGGGCUGUUGUUCAGUCACAGGGCUGUUGUUCAGCAGCUUUCUCGUGGUCAGUCACAGGGCUGUUGUUCAGCAGCUUUCUCGUGGUCAGUCACAGGGCUGUUGUUCAGCAGCUUUCUCGUGGUCAGUCACAGGGCUGUUGUUCAGCAGCUUUCUCGUGGUCAGUCACAGGGCUGUUGUUCAGCAGCUUUCUCGUGGUCAGUCACAGGGCUGUUGUUCAGCAGCUUUCUCGUGGUCAGUCACAGGGCUGUUGUUCAGCAGCUUUCUCGUGGUCAGUCAGAGCUGUUGUUCAGCAGCUUUCUCGUGGUCAGUCACAGGGCUGUUGUUCAGUCACAGGGCUGUUGUUCAGCAGCUUUCUCGUGGUCAGUCACAGGGCUGUUGUUCAGCAGCUUUCUCGUGGUCAGUCACAGGGCUGUUGUUCAGCAGCUUUCUCGUGGUCAGUCACAGGGCUGUUGUUCAGCAGCUUUCCCGUGGUCAGUCACAGGGCUGUUGUUCAGUCACAGAGCUGUUGUUCAGCAACUUUCUCGUGGUCAGUCACAGGGCUGUUGUUCAGUCCCAGGGCUGUUGUUCAGCAGCUUUCCCGUGGUCAGUCACAGGGCUGUUGUUCAGCAGCUUUCUCGUGGUCAGUCACAGGGCUGUUGUUCAGCAGCUUUCCAGUUGGACUAAAAUUAUACUUUGUCUUUCUCCCAUUUCCCAAUUUCCUCUACAGUCUGACAGCAUCUCUUUUGCAGCUUUCUUCCAUUGAAAAAUCUAUAUUUUGGAGUUGUAGUCAGAUCAAAUCUCUUUUGAACUGAUAUUGUAGUGGGAUUUUAAAUUCUGUCAUAUGCAUAUUGAAGUAGCCUUGUUGCGACUAACUGAAUCUUGUCUAGGAACAGAAAUAGCAGGGCAUUGUACAGUAGAAGAGUUGCAGACAUACAAUGUUUAUCUCAGACCAGGGUCCAUAGAUUUACUAGAAUGGGAAUUCCCAUUCAAGUCAAUGUAACAUGAUUGGUUGACAUGUAUUUCUAUGGCGGAGCCAUUUUAGUCAUUGGGUUGUCAUGAUGGAAUCUUCUGGCUUUCUAAUACCUCAGCACUGGUGUUUAGUUUCAGUCAAGUCUCCUUUUUGAAGUAGCUGGGAAUUGAAAAGGAAAUUCCCUGUCCUUUUAACAUAAGACUGAGUCUAAAGGGUUAAAUCUGUUCAUCUUUGACCAAGAUGCUAUCCAGUCAAGACAGCACGUUCAGUCAUUGUAGGUUCCCAGUUUCUGCAGGAGGACCCCUGGUUCUGAUGCUGCUGUACCUACAGGCUUUCUUGGUUUGUAAUUCCAUUAGCCUGCCCCCAGAUCUGUGUGGUCCAACUUGAUCAUGAGUUGGGAAAGAGCACAAUAGACCUGGGACCAGGCUAUCAUUCCAAUACUCCAAGGGCCAAAUUGCUCUCCUUAAAACUGAUACCUCCACAUGGAGAGAGGGGUGCAUUGGGUUAAGGGCUCACAAUGUAAUUUUACUUCUGUGUGAUCAUUUGGCUGGAGAAGUCAGUGAGGUACUUUACUGCAGACACUGUGGGCCUUCAGGAACUGAUUCUGCUUGGUAACUUAGGGUUGUGUUCCAGACCAGUGAACAUACAUUUAUAUGGGACGUAAUGUUUCUUGGGCUCCAAAUAGGCUUCUUUCUAUUCCUUAUGCCGGUGUUUUGUUGAGACAGAAAUUGGUUUUAUUUCUGGAAGCAAAAAAAAGAUGACUGAAGAAAAAAUACAUGGAUUUAUAAGGUGCCUUGUCAUCUUACAUACUUUAAAACAUGUGAUUUGCUUUUUAAUAUUUUUUACAAACACCUAUGAAUGUAAUGUUUGAAUUACAACACGGACAUUCAAUAAGAACUUAUUUGGCAUUGGAGAUACUUGCCAACAUGUGGAGUACUGAAUGUAGAUAAAUGUCACCCAUAUCUUGUAAUGAGAACGAUGGUGGUUUUGGGCCCCAGGUCAGGGUUGUGUUCAUUAGGCAGCAAACAAAUUGAAACUGGGUUCAAUAACUUAAACCCUUGAUCGGAUGCGUGCCCUAAUCAACACUACCCAGGUUCCCCGAUCAUCUACCUAGAAACAUCACUGAUAUCACCAGCUCCCACUUUUGCAUUGUUUUGUGAAAUGUCAUAAGGAUUUAAUUGAGAGCACAGCCCCUGAAGUUCUAAAUGUGAAGAUGGGUCCAAGCCAUGGUUUGGGGAUACUGUAGCUUAAAUCAAGUUCAAUACUUUACUCUGUCAUGUGAUGGUAAAUGUAAAGAUGACGCUAUAGGAUUGAUGUGGUCCAGGUCAGUUGGAUGUAGCCUGAGUCCAUCUGCUUGGGCUAUUAUGCCAACUCAGUGUCAUACUUGAUUGACAGCAAUGAAAUAAGCAAAAAGCACAAACAGACUGGUACUCAGGCUAUUGUGGAUGCCAGUUAAACUCAGGUUAUGUAAAGACAUCUACCUCUGCAGGUGAAGAACUGUGAAAGCAGAGCUAGUUAAUGUUCAGAAAGCUUUGAGCCUACAUCCCCCUUUAUAAGAUCGUGAAAUGUUCUUAUAGUCCCGUCUCUCGCUUUUCAAUAAACUAUUUUGUAGAAUUUCAAA